AUGAAAAUAUUGACUGAAGUACCUAGUAUAAAAGUAACUUACGAUACAAACACGAAAUCUCAACCUAUACCAAGUGAAGAUUGCUCUACUUAUUUUGAUACCUAUAAAUAUAGUAUUGCAUAUUUACCAAAGGGACAAAUUCGUUUGAAAGCUUCUGAAACUAAUUGUCAUCGUUUAAUAUAUCAAUCAAUGAUGACGACACAUAAUGCUUUGAAGAUGCAAGUAUUUGAUUCAAGUAUUUUAAGAAAUUGA